GAUCAUCGUCAGUAAUAAACUUCGGUUUUACUGGGGUAUACAUUAAGGCGAUUUUCUUCUAUCAGCUGCAGUUUGUGUACCUACUCAUUUUAAUUAUGUAUACCGUCAUUAAUGGUUACCUGGUUACAUUGAUAUUAUUUUUCAAAUUUUUCAUCAAUAUUUUAUGUACAUAUUAAAAUUAAAUAUUAAAAUUAAACUUUUGCUCUACUGGCCACUUAAGUAGCCGUUUUCUUAUUAAAGUCAAUUGUCAAAAAAUAAAUGUCAUUGAGUAGGUGUAGUAGUAUCGCGCAUUUACUUAUAAUAUUAAAGAUCAUUUUCUAGUCCUUUUUAUAAACUGCUACUGAAGUGACCGGUGACAUACAAGUUGCUGGUGCAUCCAAAAUUUUGAAUCAUGUGCUGACUCCUAUAUUCUUCAAUGGAAUUUUAAAAAGUUUAUUUAGAAGAGUAGCUUUUUUCUGUGCGGGUGCAAAUCUCCCAAAUGGAGAAGCACAUUUUUCUUUUAGUUCUUUAUUUUUCUACAUACUUGAAUGCUGGAAUACCGUAAAGAUGUCUGGUGCGGACUGACCUCUUCUAGGAAACUGAAGAUUUCAAAGUAGAAAUCCAGUACCGGGUGAUUGCGACGAAGGAUGAUCGGCUAAGUCGUGGAAUAUACAACUGUCGGAAUUAGGAAUUUAGUAAGAAAAAUAGGGAAAAACGAUCGAGCAUGUCGUUGCUGCCUAUCCAGUGUUAGCUGGAUCAGCUUACCUCAACCGUUAUAAUCAUGAACUUCAGAUUUUGGACCAAUAGCAUGGUAUGAAAAGCACAUCUUUUUGUACAGAUUUGAACCCAAUAAUGAUAAGUGCUAACUGAACCAUGCAUAAAGCUGUAUUGAUCGUGGAAGUCCUAAUUCGUGCCAAGCAGCUCAAGGUAAAAUAUCGCCUGACCGACCAGGAAAGUCAAGCUAUUUUGUACUGUACAUGAAUAAGAAAAUGCCAAUGCAGAACCCUUAGCUUCCGGGAAUGGAAGUGCACCCAACAUAAAGACAAGAUGACGAAGAAAUUGGAGAAUGCGAUCGCCAGUCAAGCAAGCCUCUGUUGGAGCUGAACCAGACCAGGACCAGUAGCAAUAGGAAUCAUCAAGGCCAUGGUGUACCUGGCGAUAUUGCUAUGACCGAUCAACGUCAGUCACUCCCGUUAGCAGAUGGCUGACGGCAGGGGACUAUGUGAACGAGGGAUAUUAUGUACGUGCGUGAUUAACUACUACUUGUCUGCUCGAGGAUGAUAAUAGACAUUGUGGCAGAUCAGCGAUGCUAGAAAUGCACGCUAAGAAAACCGUUCUGAUUUUUGGGAACAAAUAAUCAUGAAAACCGGAACAGUCGUCAAGCUGGAUUUUGUGACAUUGUUCUCAUUUUUGUGAUUUGUUGCACCGCAUUUUCGUGAUUUUUUAUCUUGAUUCAAAGAACAAAGUUCAUGUCUGUUUCAUUCCGCCAUAAAAUUCUUUACGCACUAGAAUGUGGGAACAGUGUUCUAGAUUCUGUGACUUUGAAAUCCAAUACACGUGAUUUUGUUCCCGAUACCGUGAACUAUGUUUACGGCAAUCUGUCGCUGUCACUUUCUGUAACGCAUGAACGAAGAAAAAAUAAAAAAAAUCGCAUCGCACGUCAACAGACUGGACUGGUAAGUAAAUUUUUCUCAAUUUUUCGAUUUAAUUCCAAAUUUUAUUGAUACAUUUUGCAUCAUUCAAUCAAAAAAAUGUUUAUUUACAGAUUUAAAGAUGUUUACGAAGCAACAAAUCAUUGCUGCUUUGCUGGAGAUGCAACCUGGGGAGAUGCCGGCCGCCGUCGAUCCAAUUGCAUCGUCAGAGGAAAUUGUUCACUCCAUCUCCGGAGCAGCAGCAGGUUGCCAGGCCACACAUAUUUUCUCUUCUCCGGUCAUCAUUGAACAAGCUCCUAAACUUGCGAAUAAAACCAUUGAAGAGAAGAGCGGAUUGGAAGAACCGGAGGUUCGCUACGUUUUGGUCGAGGAAGCUGCACCACGGCAAAAGGCGAUGGGAGAGUUUCUUCGAUCGCAUGAUCUGGAAGCGUACACCAACGUUCUUGAAAAUGACCACGGCAUCACCGAUGUGCAAACGUUUACAGAGAUGGAGAAAGAGGAUAUUAACUUGUUUUGCCAGGUGAUCAGUCACCGGAUCCGCUUCAGGAAGCUGCUGGCUGAGCUGAUAAGUACUUUUAAGUUUAGGCAGAGAACUGUUUCUAAACUAAACCUGUUUCCGCAGAAAGGUAACUCCGUAAAUGUGUCAAAACAAGGAAGUUCUUCGCUGUUGAACGACGCUGGACCACCAAAGGUUUGUCUAGGUUUUUAUUAUAAAAAGCUAGGGAAAAGUGCCAUGAUACUAGUGUGACCAGCAAAGUAAAUGAGUACCCAAUUCGGUUUUUGAUGGUAAGAAGUUGUUCUGUUCUUUUAUUUUUCUUCACGCCGUAUAAUCUCGGCAGUAUACUCGGGUUUCCACUGAACGAACACAAAAUUGCUUAAAAUUGUAAAAAUGCAACGAGAAAAUAUACAUCAUUGUACUUUCUAGGGUACAUAGACGUUCGGUCGCUGCAAACGGUUCAACUGUGAUGCUUUUUAACUGCAAGUCCGGCAAGUGCAACAAAUUUGUAGUUAUCGCACCGAUAUCCGUCAAAACGGUGCGCCAAGUUAGCCCAAAUGAACAGUCGAAUGAAUUUUGCAUUCAUUUAACGUCAAUUGAUGGACGCCUGUCUAACGUUGCAGUUAUCGAAUUUUGUUCGCUUAGUGAAACGUAAACAUGUUGCAGUUAUCGAACGUCUACUGUACACCCAAACUUCCAUUUAGGGUAACAAGCCGGAAGUACGCAACUUUACCUAAAUAUUUUUCACUAAAUGGAAUAAGUCAGGGGUUCUCAAACUUUUCGAGCUUGCGACCCACUUUGGAUUUUAGUCAAAUUUAGCGACCCACCAGUAAAUUUUUCCACAAGAAAAAAACAAAUUGGGAUAGUUUUUUAAAUACAUUUUAUCACUUUCGUUGUGGGAUAAAUUUUUUUGUGCCAAAAGUGUCGAAGCCAUUCCAAGCUUUUUUAAUUUACAAUAUUGUUUUCGUUUUCUGAAAACAGUCAAAAUAAGGUUAAAAUGCCAAAUGAAUUUGCUUCUGUAAACCUUGUGUUUUAAGAAAUUGAGAUAAGUAGGUAUGUUUCUAAUAAAAUUUGAACCAUUCCGGGUUCGUGUAGCAUACGGAACUCCACAAGUUUUUAAGAAUUUUGACACAAAGUUUAGGAACAAAAAUAAAACCUUAAAUUUCCCAGUCUUUAAAUUUUCUUUCAAAUUGAAAUUAAAUUUCGUUGCCACUUGAAAUCGCAUUUUUAGCGUGUUCUCUCGUGUAUAACUUUUGAAUAUAUUGAACAGUUUGGGCAGUAAAUGCGACGCCAUAUUUAUGGUGAGAAUUUUUUGAAUUAUAGUACUGUUGGAUGAUCAGAUAAUUCCUUCUAAACAUUUUAAUCUUCAAUUUAAAUCCUUCAUACACACUUAUUUUACUCAUUCACAGGAGUCACUUGGGUUCGGAUUGAAAAAAAGUUUAUAUUCAGUAAUAUUUUAUUCAAAGUUAAAUUUAACCGAAGUUCUUAAAAAUAUACAUAUGUUUCGGUAGACAUAACCGUUCGAUAGUUUGUUAUCGAAAUUCAGUAAUUUUCUGCUUGAUUUUUGAUACCCCGAUUCAAGCACUAAUCCAACUUAAACUCAAAUUUCAGAACAGGCAAUUUGAAGAGAAGAAUAGCUCCAAUGUUCUGUAUGCUUCGGACUAUGACUCACAAUACAGAAGUUUGGAAAAAUUAAGGGAAAACUAAAAGUUUUUGUCAAUUUCUCUGACACAAGCUAAGGAAGUUAAGGUAGAUAUUUAUUACAAUAACGCUUAAACCUUCGCGACCCACUAAAAUUCAGCCCGCGACCCACCAGUGGGUCGCGACCCAUAGUUUGAGAAACGCUGGAAUAAGUAUUAGAACGGAUUUCAAGUUUGCAGGGUAAGUGGCUAGGGGAUUUAUUAUUAUUAGCUCUUUAUUAUGGGGAUGGGGAAAUUCAGCCCAAGGCUGGUUCAUCACCGGGCUAGGAGAUUUUGAGGUGAUACCUUGCGGGCACAUGCAAACAGAUGUAACACUUCGAACACUGCUUCAAACCUUUUUUUUUGAAAACCUCAUGGAAGCAUAUUUGCACAAUGAUAAAAAUAUUAAGUUUGGUCAAUCAUUGGCCGGGUAGCAGAAGUGUGCAAAUGUCAAGCUCGAAAAAAGGCGCACUUUUUCGAGCGCCACGAGUGGGCUGUCAGCCAACCACCAAACUAUCAAAUUGAUCAUUACAUCGGGGUAUGAAGUUAAUAGUUUAGGUUUAUAGUGUUGAAGGGGCCGUUCAAAUGCGUUUUAGGGUGCUUCAGGUGCAUUCAGGAACUGGAGUUUCAGAGGAAUUACAAGACGUUUCAAAGCGUAUCAAGGAUUUCCGGAAAGUUUAGGGAGUUUCAGGAGGACUCCAUGGACUAUCAAGAUAGCUUCCUGGAGACUUACGAUAAGUUUAAAGGCAAUUCAGUGAGCUCUCGAGGGGUUUGGGUCUCCAAUCUAAACAGUCAUUGCACUAAUUACUUGGCCGAGUGUAAUUGCAAGCAGCUUGGUGAAUAUCAACUUCAAAUGCUCACUAGCUCUGUUUGUAGAUCCAAUACAAGUACUCAAGGUAGUACUUGGAUACCCUUAGACAGUUCAAUAAGAUCCCUAUGCCUAUCUUCUACAUUCAACUUAAAACUCGUCUUAACUUCGUUCAACUCCCCCUGCUUCCCUUUUCUGUUAAUGUUUCCAAACGCAAUCUCAAUGUUAUAUCAAUACCAUUUGUCAGAAUGAAUUCUAUCUAGACAAAGAUUUCAGUGUAGCCGGACUUCUUAGGGACCGUCCAUAAAUCACGUAGCAUUUUAGGGGGAUAGGGGAGUCCCUGAAAUUGCUAUGAAACGGUAUGAGAAAAUAUGCUACGACGGGGGAGGGGGUGUUGAAAAUUUGGCCAAAGAUGCUCCCUUGCUGACAUUCUAAAUGUAUAUUCUUUGCUGGCCACACUAGGUAAAAUACCAUAUUUGAAUCUUUGCACGUUUUCCAUUACAAAUGCUUGAAUUCUAAAUCCAAUUGAGCAUGUUACUGUACACUAUUUACCAGAUAUUGUAAUAAAACGUUUUAACCACAUAUUUUGGGAAAACACUCGAAAAAAAAACUUUCUUCAAAACCGCCCAGAAGGACGUUCUAUUUUGACCCACUAUGAGAAGCACGGAGAGCUGUCUAAUUCGAUGAGGAACGAACUCGUACGUCUCAUUUUACUCGAAGGGUUGAAUCUAAAACUAACGCUGGACAGCAAAUUCCAUUCACUGAUGACCGGAAAGAUCGUUGAGCUAUUUCCCGGAGAAAAGCAGGAGACAUAUUAUCGAGCAAGUUAUUUUGAUGGAGAGGGUAACCGCCAACCGCCAUGCGGGAAGUUCAUAAAACGGAAAAGCGUAGAGCUCAAAGCACUCGGGCUACGAGGUCCUAAGGUUGGAGUUCAGCCGGACGCCUUACAUAACGUGCCAGGAACAUCUAGUAUACAAAGUACCACGAAUGAAGUCCCAGACGUUGAAGCACAGGCCCAAGCGCAAAAUUGGCUGAUUCACGGACGUAGCCCGAUCGAGGAGGUGCGGAGGCAGUGGGACCUAUGCUUCGAGAAAAGAAAACAAGACUUCCAAAUGGAAAAGGACCUAUCAACAAUUUUUAAAAUGUAUCCGAAGGGGGCGUUUUGGUAAUAUUGUCCACUAAAGAUGCUUGUUAACUUACUUUCAUUACAUUACAUUUUAGAUUUGUUCAGAUUUCGAACGUCUUCAUCCGGAAGCAGAGAGGAAGUUUUAUUUGCGCUUCCCAUCACUUCAUCAGAAGCUUCGGAAGCACAUUGAGAAGGUUGGUGAAACAAAAGCACACGAAAGCAUUUACAAUGAGUAUAUGGGUGCGACUGAAGGAGAAUACAAAAACCUUCUGUUGUGCAGUUUUCUACUUUUAAUUCUGCAAACGAACUAUCGAGUUAAAGGCAAGUGGCGGCCGUCUGUCAAGGAAGCUCAAAUGAGCUUCAUUCUAGAAGUGCAGGUAAGAUAUGGCUGUGGUUCCUUCACAAUAGUAUUGUGGAUUCACCGGCUACUUGUAUUCCAUCGGUCACUUCAGUAGGGCCGGUGGAAUACAAAAUAGCCGUUUCAUAAAAAGAGAAACUUAAACAUACGCUUUAACAUUUUUAGUAAAUGCGCGAUUCCUCACCGGUCACUCAAUAACAUACAAAAAAAACUGAAGAUACUUUGAUCUAUACUCUACAUGUGUACGAAAACCAAAUUUGAAAACAUUGCUUCGUUAUUUAAUUAAAAAAAAAAAUCAUUAACCAAAAAAUGAAGAAAUGCAUCCAGUUUCGCCUUACGUGGAAUACAAGUAGCCGGUAAAUUCACAAUAGUAAAAGUAGCCAGUAAAUGCUGAUGAAUUCUAGAUAGAUAUGAAAACUUUGAUGUAAAAUUUACUCUUAUCGCAACCAUUACGUAAAUACAUUUUGUUCCAGACCCCUUCAGAAGUUCGGCGUAAAAUUAACGAAAGGAUUCAGUAUCUAGAUCAGCAUUACGAAAGCGUUUCUUUACAACCACAAAUUGUAAUGGUUGGUUCUCCGAAGGAAUCGCCCGGAUUUUUUGUUGUUUUUGGUGGUGCGGAAUACAAAGCGGAUAACAUAUUACACGCCAUAUGUUUGUGUCUGCAAGUGUCAUUCGUUCUGAACUUGGAAUAUGCCCAAGAUUGCAAACCCGUUUGGAUGUUUAUCCAGUCGUAUUUGUUCGGCAUUUACGCCUCAGUUCUGGAAAUGCCGAAGGUGACAAGAGAUUUGAUUAAAAGCAUUUCUGAUUAGAACGAAGGUUUAUGUCAAAACGGUAUGUUUCCUUGUCUCAUGAUUUUAAACCUCAAGACAUUUUGUUUGAAUGUAAAAUGUAUUUUUUUUUAAACAACACUGUUUAAUGUUAAAACGUAAAAAGCACUAAAAUAAAUAAAAGAAAACUAAAUAUUUUGUUUUUGUUCAGAAGUUUAGCUGUAACUAAGGGACGCUGCAAAAUAUGGGAUUGAAAAAAGCACAUAAAAAAUAACUCAUCGUUUUUUUCACAUUUUCCAAAAAUAAAAAUCACUUCGCUCGAUCUGUCGCAAACCACGAAGUGCUUUCCCGAGCACAUGAUUUGUCUUCUGGUAGCGCCUCGUGCAGUAAAGCAGACCAUGAACUAUGUUCUCGGAGCCGUGAUUAAAAUCACGACUCCGAGAACGCUGUUCCAGUUCCCGUGAUUUUUGUUCUGCUGUGCUUGUCAUUCGGUUGCAGACCAUGAACUAUGUUCUCGGAACCGUGAUGUGAAAUCACGACUUCUGGAACACAGCUCACGUUAUCAGGAAUUUGGUUCUUGGAUUGCUUCUAGCAUUGCGUUACGCAGGUGUUACGGACAUAACGUGGAACUAAGUUCUUGAUAUCGUGAUUUAAGUUCAUGGUGUAUAUUUGUAAAUGAAGUUCUCGCUUGUUCCGGAAUUCGUGACUCAAUGUGGACAAUUUUCGGAACGGUUUUUUUUGCGUGUGUGUAAUUGAUAUGCAACGACAGCAAUUGCGAGACGAACUAGCUCUAGUACACUACGGUACUAGGAUCCGAUGUAGACGAAUUCCUCCACUUCCUCUGAGGUAUUCACUUCUAUAAUGGCACAUACGAAAGAAGGGCCAAGGGCAAGGAUCAUGACGCGUAAACUGGAUGCUGAUCUGUAGGAGCUAUUACUCCUCUUGUUUUGAACAUCACGAUCCUGUACACUGAAAUAAAUUUUGUUGUAGUUUCUACCAAAUCCAUGGUAAAAUUAAGAACUGUACCAACGAUUUUCAACCGAAUGCAAAAUUCUGUUAAUUGUACUGAAACUGUUCGCCGACACAGCCCAUAGUUUUGAAUGCCCCUGUUGAAUGGCAACGUGAGCCACUGCCUGUGGUCGUUCGAUCUGACGGCAGCGAUGAAGCGUCAAAUGGGAUGACGAGCAAAACAUAAUUCUAAACAGACGGUGAUAAUUGGAUUGUGAACCAAGACAAAUUAUUUGGAUUGUAUUUGAAUCGUUUUUGGAUUUGUAUUUAAUGCUAAGGUGAAUUGUUUAUAUUCCUAAAACUAGUUUAAAACUUAUUACUAUAUUGUGCAUAAUCUACAGGUUGAAAAUUAGAACGUUUAAAAUAUUGUUGUGAAUUAGACAAACGGUAGUACGGAGACUGAAAUGUGAGUGAAAAAGAAAUGUACUAUGCAAACUUAUCCUAAAAUAAAACUUUCCCUUUAGCUUUAAGCUGAUCUCACCGAAUACCUCGGGACUGAUUACCGCGGAAAGAACUACUGCUAAGUCUAUCGCAACAAUUUCUUAAAGAUUUCAUCCGGAUCGAUAUGAAUCUUCAGGACAACGUUCGACAGACCCGGUCACGGACGAGGGCUAUACAGCAGGAGAAUGCGAACGUAGCACCGACCGAUAGCGAUAAGGUGUCGAUUUCGUCGUCGAAUGAUUCGUCUAUCCCUACCAUUGGAAAUGGUGACGAAGGUGAGUUGCGCGAAUGCGGCGGUUGUGAAUUACCCAACAACGCUGAGCGGUAUAUGGUACAUUGUCAGAAUUGUAAUUUCUGGUACCAUUUUUCCUGCGCGAAUGUUGACACGACCACUGUGCGUUCAACCACUUUCGUAUGUGCGAAAUGCACUUCUGGGGGGGGCUUCAAAUGCACUCGAACCAACCCCAAGUGUAAUUAGUGCGAUUAGUGGUUUGUCAAGUUCGUCGAGUGCACGUAGGGCAAGAGUGGAACGCGAAUUGCAGCGGCUAGAGGAAGAGAAGAAGCUUUUGGAAGAUCUGAGUCGCGAGAAGGCCGAGAAGGAACGGGCGCUAUACGAGCGAGAGCUGCAGGAAAAGCUGGAACGAGAAAGGCAGUACAUCGCGCAGAAGCAUGAAUUGCUGAACCAGCAGGACGGCGACGAAGACAGAAGUGUACGUAGUAUGCGGAGCAGCCAGAGGAGCGAGAAACGCACUGAAGAAUGGGUGAAGCAGGCCAAGGUAACCGAGAGUUCCGGUGUGGUGGUCGUUGUACAGACACCAAAACCGACGUCUGCGAUUGCUGAUCAUCAGGGUGGUGCAAGUUCUGGUCGUCCGCAGGUGGUACAUCCUUCGUCAACGCCCUUGAAAUCUACGGCAGCAGUAGUUCCCCCCGUUAUCGGCGACAACAGAGUAGGAGUGGGAUUUGAGGUGAAAUCGAUCCCGCGAACUCUGGGAAGCAUCAUUAUCGGAGACGAGUCCGAGGAAUCUCUCGAAGGUGCAGUCGAAGCAGACGAAGACGAACGCGACGAAUUACCACUCGUGAAUCUUCAGCCAUAUGAGGAUCUGUUGAAGGUUGAAGAAGUGAUGCCAGUCGGCGCGAACACUGGCGCAAUUCCGAAGAUUAACCGUUUCGGUACUCAUUACAAGCGAUGGAGUGUUGAAACCGGGGAGCUACGGAAACAAAAUGCACUACAGUUGCAGCGACAGUCGGAAGCGGAACGUCGGGCCAUUCAGGACCUGCAGGAGAAGCACCGAGUGGAUAUCGACACCAGGCGUAGGAGGGAAGUCGAUCUCGUGAAUCGAAUAACCAGCCUGCAACUGCAGCACGACGCUGAGCUGAAACUGGUUCGUGAAUCGGAGGCGAAUUUACGAAAGCUGCAGGAUCGUGAACGGGCAGAUCUGAACUCCAGGAUUGGGACUCUGGAAAAGCAACUCGUCGAGGAGAAAGAACGGAUGCGCACUUCGGAAGUAGAUUUGCGCAAUCAACUCGAGCAGCGGGAGCGUGAAUGCGAAGCACUUCGACUUCAAGUAGCAGAACUGGAGAGCGAGCUACAGUGUAUUCGUGAAAUGGAGCAACAGUUGCAGUCUCAAAUUGCAGCGAGUCGCCAGCGUGAACACGAUGCCAUUCGUGUACGGAAUGAAGCGGAGAAUCAGUACUGGGACCUGCACGAGGAGGUUCAACAGGUCAUCAAUCGAAGCGAGGAUCAUUCUGCUGACGGUGCUUGUUCUCCUCCGUUACCUCCACCUCCGGCGUCGUGGUUUGAACCCGUGAACGCGCCUAACACAGCCAGCGUCAACCACUGCGAUGUAAAUCCUCCGUUUCUUCUUCCUCCGCCCCCUCCAAGUCUUUCUACUGUGAACACGUUGGCUGCCGUGCCAAAUAUCCAGCCCCAGCUGCUUUCUCAAGCUGUAGUUCCGGCUUACGUGGGCGCUCUGCUCGGGCCGUCGCCCCAGCAACUCGCGGCAAGACAGGUGGUCACGAAAGAACUUCCAAUUUUUUCUGGGGAUCCGAUAGACUGGCCACUGUUCAUAAGCAGCUAUCAGCACUCGACGGAGACUUGCGGAUACACGAACUCCGAAAACCUGUUGCGCCUGCAGCGUAGUCUACGAGGAAACGCCAAGGAAUCCGUCAGCAGUUUUCUGCUCCACCCGUCAACUGUGCCGCAAAUCUUGUCCACUUUGCAGCAGUUGUACGGGCGACCAGAGCAAAUCGUCAAUAACAUGAUCGCGAAGGUUCGGGCGACACCCCCUCCGAAGCCCGAUCGGUUUGAGACACUGGUUAGCUUUGCUCUGGUGGUUCAAAACCUUUGCGGGCAUCUGAAGGCAGUAGGGCUAGAGAAACAUUUAGCAAACCCCAUUCUUCUCCAGGAAUUGGUCGACAAACUACCAGCGACGGUCAAGUUUAGCUGGGCGCUCUACCAAGAACAAGUUCCGGUUGUAGAUUUGAGCGUAUUCAGCGACUACUUGGGGAAGGUAUCUUCCGCUGCAAGUGGUGUGACACAGCUGUCUAACCUUCCGCAGAGAGCGGUAAAAGAAGAGCGGACUCACCCGAAGGAAAGAUCGUUCGUGAACGCACACUUAUCCACGGCCGCGCCGAAGGAGAAUCGUCGAGAGCAGGCUGGUAAAACCGUCGCGAACAGUGGAAGAAGUGGGGAUACGAACAGCAGAAAAACUUGCCCAGUCUGCAACACUGACGGCCACGAAAUAGAGAGCUGCAGUUCGUUCAAAGGCUUGGAUUUGGACGGCAGAUGGAAGGCAGUGAAAGUGAACAAGCUCUGCUCACGGUGUCUUACAUCACACGCGCGGUGGCCGUGCAAAGGAGAGGUCUGCGGAAUCAAUGAUUGCCCGAAGCGGCACCACCGUUUGCUUCAUUUCGAGCCACCAGCGGCGGCCAAAACUACUAGCGCCGUGGUUACAGUACAUAGUCAGCUGUCUUCUACCACGCUCUUUCGCAUCCUUCCGGUCACUCUGUUCGGGCGUAAAGGACAAGUCGAUACCUACGCAUUCCUCGACGACGGAUCAUCCGUGACGCUCGUAGAGCGAUCUAUCGCUGAUGCGCUUGGAGUUAGCGGCGAGCUAGAGACGCUGCACAUCGAGUGGACGGGCGGAAUCAACAAAACAAUCGAUGGGUCAGAACGAGUCACGCUGGAGAUAUCCGAGUCCGGAGGGAGAAAACGCUACAAGCUGUCGGAAGUGUACACGGUGAAGAACCUCGGAUUACCGCAGCAGACAACAGACUAUGAAGAACUGUCUUCGCGAUUCGCUCACCUCGGCAAGCUCCCGGUGAAGAGUUUCAAGCGCGCUGUACCUGGAAUUCUUAUCGGACAGAGCAAUUCGCACCUAUUGGCUACGUUGAAGCUGCGAGAAGGCAAAAUCAACGACCCGAUUGCUACAAAAACCAGGAUUGGAUGGGCCGUAUGUGGGAGUCUGCGGAAGCCCCAAGUGGGAACGAUGCACAGGCAGCUUAGCAUGUUCGCCGAACCGACUACCGAAGAUCUUCACGAGUACGUUCGCCGAUUUUUUGAUAUCGAGAGCUUGGGGGUGGCCGUCGUGCCGGCGGUGAAAGGAGCAGAGGAGCAACGUGCGUGCGAAAUUUUGGAGGCGACCACACGACGGUCGAACGGCGAAAAGUACGAGACGGGUCUGCUUUGGAAACACGAUUACGUGGAGUUUCCGAAUAGCCGACCGAUGGCAGAAAGACGAUUUAGACUUCUCGAGAAGCGUUUAGCCAGGAACCCGGAGCUGUAUGAUGCCGUCCGUCGGCAAAUAGCCGACUUCAAAGCGAAAGGAUAUAUACACGAAGCAUCAGUAGAGGAACUGGAAGGAUUCGAUCUACGACGGACCUGGUACUUGCCGAUUGGAGUCGUCGUCAACGAGAAAAAACCUGGAAAAGUUCGUAUCAUCUGGGAUGCCGCAGCGAAGGUCGAGGGCAUAUCGUUGAACUCCAUGCUACUCACGGGUCCGGAUCUUCUGACACCACUCCUGUCAGUGAUGUUUCCGUACCGAGAACGCCAAGUAGCCGUGUCAGCAGACAUCAAGGAAAUGUUCCUGCAAAUUUUGAUUCGCGAGCAAGACCGCAGCGCACUGCUUUUUCCGUACAGGGACUCUCCGGAGCUUCCGAUGAGUACCAUGGUCUCCGACGUGGCAAUUUUUGGAGCGGCCUGCUCCCCAGCUCACUCACAGUUCGUCAAGAACAUGAACGCGGCCGAACAAGAAGCGGAGCUUCCACGAGGAGCAGCAGCGGUAAAGAAGCGGCACUACGUGGACGACUACGUGGAUAGUUUCGAUACGGCAGAAGAGGCAUUUGAGGUAGCGAAGGAAGUGAUCGAGGUGCAUAGAAGAGCAGGAUUCCACAUUCGUAACUGGAUGUCGAGCGACAAUAGCGUGCUGGAGCAGUUGGGAGAAGCGAAGCAGAAACCGGCAAAAUCAAUGUUGCCGAACAAGGAGACCUGUUUCGAGCGAGUGCUGGGAAUGGCGUGGAUGCAAGAAGAGGACGUUUUCGCCUUUACGCUGCAGUUCUGCGAUAAGGUGCGCUACUUACUGGACGAUUCCAUCAUUCCGACAAAAAGGGAAAUGCUUCGGCUUGUCAUGAGCAUCUACGACCCUUUGGGACUAGUUGCAUCGUUCGUAAUACAAGGCAAAAUAAUCAUCCAGGAGGUGUGGCGGACAGACACGGAUUGGGACAUCAAAAUUCCGCAGGAAAUCGCUACCCGCUGGGUGGAAUGGAUAUCGGUGCUGAAGAAAAUAGAUAGCCUGCGCAUUCCUCGGUGUUAUUUUCCAGGCUACGACCCAGAGAGCUUCAAAACCCUUGAAUUGCACGUGUUUGUGGAUGCGAGCGCACAAGCUUUCGCAGCGGUUGCGUAUUUCCGUAUCGUCGACCAAGGGCAAGUCAGAGUGGCGCUUGUUUCAUCCAAAACAAAAGUCGCACCACUCCGCGAACUGUCGAUACCGAGGCUAGAAUUGAUGGCAGCGUUGCUGGGAGCUCGCUUGCGAAAGACGAUAAAGGAGAACCAUUCGUUGGAGAUCGGGAAGACCUACUUUUGGAGCGAUUCUACGACCGUUUGUUCGUGGAUCAAAUCCGACACGCGUCGGUACCGCCAGUUUGUCGCGUUCAGGAUCAACGAAAUAUUAAACCUUUCGAGUAUCGAUGAAUGGCGGUGGAUUUCGACAAGAGCGAAUGUAGCAGAUGAAGCGACGAAGUGGGGAAAGGGACCUUCCUGCAACGUGAACAGCCGUUGGUUCCAAGGACCCGAUUUUCUCUACCGCAGCGCAGACCAUUGGUCGAUGGUUCCGGAAGAAGGCAUAGAUGAAAGCGAUAAGGAACUACGGGAGGCGUACGUGUGCAGUCAUCUACUGAGGCAACCGAUUGUCAAUACUAGCCGAUUUUCACGGUACGAAAGAUUGUUGCGGUCGAUGGCGUACGUUCAUCAUUUCGUGGACAGGCUGCGGGAUCGGAAAAGCAGUAAGCCUAAGUACUCUGUUGGGCUGACAAGUGUGGAGAUGCAGAAGGCGGAAAGAACGUUAUGGUCAGUUGCACAGUCUGAGGAGUUUCCGAAUGAGGUUGCGACGCUGAAGCAGAAUUUGGAACGCAGUAGUGAAGACCAGAAACAACUAGAAGCAUCAAGUCGUCUUGCGAAGCAGUCACCAUUCGCGGAUAAAUUUGGUGUGCUGCGGGUCGGAAGUCGAGCUGCAGAAGCACAUGUGCUAGCCUAUGACGCGAAAUUCCCUAUUAUUUUGCCAAGGAAGCACCGAAUUACCGAGCUAUUGCUGGACUACUUGCAUAGAAAAUUUUUUCACGCGAAUGAUGAAACUGUGGUCAAUGAGGUGCGGCAGAAAUUUCACGUGCCACGCCUGCGAGUUGAAGUUCGUCUAGCAAGGAAGCGUUGCAUGUGGUGUCGUGUGAACAAGAUAACACCUGUGGCACCGAAGAUGGGACCACUACCAGCGGUGCGAAUGCAGCCCUUUGUACGCCCGUUCACAUACGUCGGAAUAGACUUAUUUGGCCCGUAUUUAGUGAAAGUUGGACGCAGCGUGGCGAAACGAUGGGUUUGUCUUUUCACCUGCCUCACGGUUAGAGCCAUUCACCUCGAGGUAGUCGCAAGUUUGUCCACCGAUUCGUGCAAGAAAGCCAUCAGACGCUUCAUAGCACGACGAGGCUCCCCCUUGGAGAUAUACUCUGACAAUGGCACGAAUUUCGUUGGAGCGAAUCGAGAGUUGCAGGAGGAAAUCAGCCAAAUUCAUACCAAAUUGGGCAGCACUUUCACAAAUGCCAAAACCCAGUGGAAAUUCAAUCCACCUGCCGCUCCGCACAUGGGAGGUUGCUGGGAGAGGAUGGUACGUGCCGUUAAAUCAGCCCUAGGAUCUGUUCCGGUAGUGAGGAAGCUCGACGACGAGUCGUUUACAACGGUGUUAGCAGAAGCUGAAAAUAUAGUGAACUCCAGACCAUUGACGUUCAUCCCGCUAGAAACGGCCGACCAUGAAUCGCUGACCCCUAACCAUUUCUUGUUGCUGAGCUCGAGUGGAGUGCGAGAACCGGAGAAGAUGCCAACAGAUGCAGGUAUGGCACUGAAGAACAGCUGGAACAUGGUGAAACACACGCUGGACAACUUUUGGCGCCGGUGGGUCAAGGAAUACCUGCCAACUAUCAUCAGAAGGACGAAGUGGUUCCAAGACGUGCAGCCGAUCAAAGUAGGGGAUCUCGUGCUUGUAGCAGACGAAAAUUUCCGGAAUCGAUGGCUGCGUGGAAGAGUAGUACGGGCAAUUCCGGGAAAGGAUGGAGUACCGCGUCAAGCGGAAGUGAGGACAUCAGGAGGAGUACUGAAGAGGCCGACAUCUAAGUUGGCUGUGUUGGACGUUGCCGGAUCUGGUGACGCCGAACCGGAAGUUAGGGCGACACGGGGGGGAGGAUGUUCGCCGACACAGCCCAUAGUUUUGAAUGCCCCUGUUGAAUGGCAACGUGAGCCACUGCCUGUGGUCGUUCGAUCUGACGGCAGCGAUGAAGCGUCAAAUGGGAUGACGAGCAAAACAUAAUUCUAAACAGACGGUGAUAAUUGGAUUGUGAACCAAGACAAAUUAUUUGGAUUGUAUUUGAAUCGUUUUUGGAUUUGUAUUUAAUGCUAAGGUGAAUUGUUUAUAUUCUUAAAACUAGUUUAAAACUUAUUACUAUAUUGUGCAUAAUCUACAGGUUGAAAAUUAGAACGUUUAAAAUAUUGUUGUGAAUUAGACAAACGGUAGUACGGAGACUGAAAUGUGAGUGAAAAAGAAAUGUACUAUGCAAACUUAUCCUAAAAUAAAACUUUCCCUUUAGCUUUAAGCUGAUCUCACCGAAUACCUCGGGACUGAUUACCGCUGAAAGAACUCCUGCUAAGUCUAUCGCAACAGAAACAUUGUCAAUAUUACCAUGCGCGCAGUACCGUUGACUGAAAACAUUCUUGGUGCUACUAUUUUGGCAUUGUCAUUUCGACCAUGUCGACUUGAAUGUUACGCGUGGUCAAACGUGGCCAAAAAUACAACGUCAAAAUUGUUACAUCAAGAAUGUUUUCAGUCAACGGUACAGCAGGCAUGGUAAUAUUGACAAUGUUUCAGUAAAAUUAACAGAAUUUUGCAUUCGGUUGAAAAUCGUUCACCAUCACCUCACGGAAUCCCAUUGGCAGUAACAGAGACCCUCAAAGCAGGUCUUUUUUGUUUGUUCUUAGGCUGACACAAAUUUCGAUUUUCUCUUAUGUCGCCCACCCCCCUCUUCGGAUUUUUUUGUCGGAAUUCGACGUUUUGAGGGGGGACACAACUAAGUUAUUUGAGAAAUUUAAAAACUUAAAAGAGUCGUCGAGAAAAUUUCUUAGCAAAUCCGAUGAGUUUGACGAUUUUGCAUAAUUGUUUAGGCUAUUUUUCAUCAAAUAUAUUUAUUAUUUAUCAUCCCCCCCCCCUUGACGAGUCAACAAGCAAAGUGACAAAACAAGAAAAUGAGAUUUGUUCUGGCCUUGUGUCGGUUUUAAACGCGAUCUUGGCAGCGACGACCGCCAUAGGCGCUGUCCAUAAACUACGUUGACUUUUUUUCGGCCAUCUCAGAACUCCCCCCCUCCCCGCUCGAAGACUUUUUUUCAUACAAAAUUUUAGAAAUUUGUAUGGAGCGUAGACUUUGGCCAGACCAAAGAAAUUUGACAGGUCAAGGCGAUGGCUGGCAAUCGCCCAGGAUGGAAAUCUUUCAAUUCGGCCCCCUGCACCACCGUGGGUGCCCAGGACUGAAAGUAAGUAAGUAGUUAGGGUAAGGGAGGUAUUUUGGACCCCUUUAGGAAGUGGAUGAACUAUUCAGCGAAAAAAGAAAGUUCCCACUUCAAAAUAUGGAUAAUUUCAGUAGGCAUUACGUAGAGCAACAUGUUUUCUGUCGAAAAAGGCCAAACAGAACUCAAAAUUGUUGUAGUAAAUACAAGAAAUAUCAAAACUCCUGAAGGAUCUCGGGCUUCUAUUUUGGACCACCUGAUUUUAUUUUGGACCACCAAGUGCACAUAUUUUGGCCCACCAAAUAAUACUUCAAUUGAUUGAUGAAAUGAAAGCCACCUCAGCAAAAAUUUAAACAUAGUUAAAACUACGUGAAGUUUACAUAUUUUUCAUUCAUUUUUUUAAGCAGGGAACGUUUAAAAAUUACGUAACGGGUAAAAAAGAUGACAUUUUGUUGCAAUUGCCAGAUUUUACUCAUUGUAGUAUGAUGUUUCAUAAAAAAAUGUUACGCAAAACGUGUAUGCAUGACGUCAGUCACCAUGCAUAAAUUACGUAACGCUUCAUAGGAGUGUGAAAGUCUGGUGAUUUCGCUAAAUAUAAAGGCGUUCCACACAUUGUAAUGAGUUGAAAGGCCAUCAAAAAUAAAGUAAUUUGAAUGACACGUAAAUUGUCAAACAUACAUUAGAAAACACAUUGUCUCAGUCAUAAAAUGAUUGCCGAGAAGGACAACUUUUCUAAACUGGAUGACUGAACGCCUGAAACUUGUCAAAAGUUGUUAUGACACAAAUCGAAUCGAAUUUUUUAACUUGGCCAAAAGUUGUUAGAACAAAUCGAACCCUCAACAAUCUCAUUGUAAAAUAAACGUAUAACAACCCAGAUCACGGGAGGUCCCAACUUAUUGUAUUAUUUAUUGUAUUUAUUUAUUUAUUUAUAUGUACUCUAACAUGACAUUGGGAUGAAUAUUUUCUCCCUUUAGUAGGAACUGGAGAGAUGGAUCUGACAGGUGGUCCAAAAUAUGUCCACAUCUGAUUAUGUUGAACAUAUUUUGGCCAUACCUCAAACUACCAUUUUAGUAAAUAUUAUCGCUCCACCGAGGUUAAGAACAGUUUAUUUUGAGUUCUUACAAGGCCCUAACUGCAUUUACAUGAAAUAAAUAUUUAUUUGUAAAAUUUAAUACCUCUUCGAAGCCGACUACAAAUUUGUCACCUUCUUUGUUUCUGGUGCUUUUUCGUGCGUUUCAUUGGAAGUGAAAACAUUUUCUCUAUUUUUGAUACUGAACAGUAGUAUGGGACAAAUAUCAAAUCCUCGCUCCAGUCGACUUUUUAGAUCCCAUUUAGGUCCCAUAUGAACUGUGCAAAAUUUCAGCGCAGUCGGUGAAACUAUAAUUUAGCGCAUGCGGUUCAAAGUUUUCAUAGGAUUUACUAUGGGAAAAGUUACACUUUCAGAUGAAAAAUCCCAGAGGUCGUCCCUUGUCUCCUUAAUUCAAAUCGAUCAACAUUUCUUGUAGAAGAAUCAAUUAUGAAACUUUCCUUCGAAGACCGCAAAACAAUUGGAUGCGUGUGGAAAAAGUUAUUGAUUUAUUACCUAUUAGUGAUCCAACGAACGGCUUUUUGUUUUGUUUUA